AUGUAUUGCAUAAGAAAGCACUUUUUACUCGAUAAAAGCUAUUUUAUAUACAUUAACCAAGACAGUAUAGAUAUCGGAGAAGUAAUAUUUUGGUUAAUAGUUAAGUCUAAUUAAAAAAUCAAGUAUGUGAUCCCAAUGAGUUUACAAACUAUAAUCGAUUGGAAAGUAAACAGAGAAAAUCAAAAAUUGGAGGCAUUUGCAGUAUGUUGGAAAGGAAAAUGGAAGUUCUUCUAUGCUGAUUAGAAUGUAUUAUUAAGAGUUAAGGAACAUAUGGAUAGAAAAGUAGCGUAUAAAAGCACGGAUUCUUUCUUUACAAUUAUGGAAAAAAUAGAAGCCAAUUAACAAAGUUCUGUAAUUAAAUAUCUUUAAUAAUUAGAUUCUAUUACUCCAGAGAAAUGAGAAUGAUUAAAUUUUUGCUUGUAAGGAGAUGAAAAAACUGAAAAAAUAUUCCUAAUUAGUAUAAUGUAUUAUUAUUGUAGUUAUUUCAAAACGAAGUUGAAGCACUGAAAUAACUGUCUCAUAAAAAUUUGGUAAAGCUUAUUGAAGUCUAUGAAUCUGAGGAUUAAUAUUAGAUAGUGAUGUAAUAUCUAAAAGGUGGUUCAUUAAAUCAGUGUCUUAAAUAUUGCAAAUUGAAGAAUCGAGAGGUAGACGUCAUUAUACAAGUAUAUUCUUUAUAUAAAUUCAUUAGUAAAUUAUGGAGGGAAUUAAUUAUAUUCAUUAAAGUGGAUUUGUACAUAGAGAUAUGAAACCAGAUAAUAUAGUAUUUAAUGAUUUGGGUUAAUUUUCACAAUUAAAAAUAAUUGAUUUUGGAAUUACAAAAAGGAUAGAGGAUUUGGAAAAAGAAAAGGAUAUGAAAUUUGGAACUCCUGGAUACAUGGCACCAGAAAUUUUUGAUUACAAAUAAAAAAUAACCGAAAAGGUAGAUAUCUUUGCAUGUGGUGCUAUACUCUACUAAAUGUAAGCAAUUAUCAUUAUUUUAGGUUGACUGGGUAAAAAUUAAUACCUGGUAGUAGUUCAAAAUAAAUAUAGGAAAAUAAUAAGAACUUUAACUUAAGUAGUUAAAUACUAUCUAAAAUAAAACAACCUGACUUCAGAAUUCUUGUUUCAUAGAUGUUAGAAAAAGAUCCAGAAAAAAGAAUUAGUGCAAGUCAGACUUUAAAUUAUUUAAAUUUGAUGAAAAUUCCUUCUGUCGGAGGGUCGAUAUCAAUUUAGAUACUCCAUCAUCAUGAACCUGUCUAACAAUUGCCUAAUUUCAAAAAAUUGAUUGAUAAGUUAUGA